UGUCUAGAGUGAUAUCUGGUCAAGCUUUGGUGAGCAGAAAAAAAUGUCCACUCGCUACCACCAAGCUGCUAGUGAUAGCUACCUGGAACUUCUGAAAGAGGCUACCAAGAGGGAUCUGAAUCUUUCUGAUGAAGAUGGCAUGACUCCCACACUCCUGGCUGCCUACCACGGGAAUUUGGAAGCUCUAGAAAUAAUCUGCAGUAGAGGAGGGGACCCUGAUAGAUGUGACAUCUGGGGGAAUACUCCUCUACAUUAUGCAGCCUCCAAUGGUCAUGCCCACUGUGUCUCAUUCUUGAUCAACUUUGGUGCCAACAUCUUUGCCCUGGACAAUGACUUACAGUCUCCACUGGAUGCUGCUGCCAGCAGAGAGCGGAGUGAAUGUGUUGCUCUCCUGGAUCAGGCUGCCACUGCCCAGAACAUCAUGAACCCCAAGAAGGUCACCAGGCUAAAGGAGCAGGCUCAGAAGAAUGCUAGGAGGCAAAUCAAGGAAUGUGAGAGGCUUCAGGAGAAGCACCAAAAUAAGAUGGCUCGCACCUACAGCAAGGAGGAAUCUGGGAUGCUUUCUUCUUCCAAUGCCACUUUCUCUAGGUCUUCCAUCUCAAAUGCUUCUACUUCCAGCACAUUUGGAUCACUGUCUAAGGGCAUUAAAGACACCUUCAAGUUAAGGUUCAAGAAGAACAAUGAUACAGCAGAGCAGGGAGGGAGGGAGAGCAGAAAUGGGCAGAGGAAUGUGAUGGAAGUGUUCAGAGAGGAGGAAGAAGAAGACACAUUUUCAGGGAACUUAAAAGAGCAGCUGCAGUUCUCAACAGAAAAAGACAGCUAUGCACAAAAUGAAUCCAUUCUCAACCGUCCAGGUCUGGGAAAUAUUGUUUUUAGAAGGAACAGAAUAUUAAGCCCCGAAGAAAUCUCAGACCGCAAAAGGGAGUUAGGGUUUAAAAUGUCCAGUGAAUUGCUUCAGAGACAAGGAGCAGCAGAGGAUGAUGAAGCCAAGGCUGAUAAAGAGGGAGAGGAAAACAGCCAUGAAGAUGAUCUGCCUUGGGAUGAGCUCGAAAUGGAUUGGGAAGAAGAUAUAGUUGAUGCUACUCCCCUAGAAGUAUUCUUGCAUUCUCACCACCUGGACGAAUUCCUUCCCAUUUUCAUGAGAGAGCAGAUUGAUCUGGAAGCUCUGUUGCUUUGCUCUGAUGAGGACCUUCGGGGCAUACAAAUGCAGCUGGGUCCUAGGAAGAAAGUUCUGAAUGCCAUAAACAGACGAAAGGAGGUGCUACAACAGCCUGGGCAAUUGGUUGACACCAGCCUGUGAUGGAGGGUUGGGUCCAUGGGGUUAGCCUGCAGCAGUGGGGUGAUGCUGUGGCCCUCUGGAAGCACUCCAGGCAACCCCUCCCUAUGCAAUACAAGAGCAAUGGGGAUGGUAUCUAGAGUGUUAGAGAUAAGCCCACACUCUACUCUGAGAAAUACUCUAUAUCUAUUCAAAUAACUAACUGAGAAACUCAGGGAGACCCAGGAAUAAGAAAAUAGUGUUUCUCUUCAAUUUUCUUUUUCAUAUUUUGAGUAUAGAAAAGGUUCAAUGGAUGACAGAGAAGGGAAAAAUCGUUCUUUACUUUUCCAACUCUGGGCUUAAAAUGAUAGCCUCUCAUCACACAGCCUGCUUCUUACUUUCUGAUCCUUAUAACUUGGGGGUUCUAACUCCAAUACUGUCCUUAGCUCUAACACUUUGUCUAUUGGUGGAGACUAAAUUUCCUCCAUUGGCCUGGAGCUUGAUGCCCAACUUACAUGUGUCUAACCCUUCAACAAAUGUUUGCAUUUACAAGUAAUGAAAAUGGGUCUGCAUUACUCUUGCCUGGGAACAGAGACAGAAUGGCAGGUAGGGAGAGAGAAGAAAGAAAUAGAAUAUAGGGUACCUGCUAUGAACUGAAUUGUAUCCGCCCCCCCCCCCCAAUUCAUAUGUUGAAGCCCUAAACCCCAAUGUGGCUGUAUUUGGAGGUCAGACCUUUAAAGAGGUAAUUAAGGUUAAAUGAAGUCAUAAGGGUGGGGACCUAAUCCCAUAUGACUGGCAUCCUUAUAAGAGGAAGGGACAAAUGAAGACACCACAAGAAGGUGGCCUUAUGCAAGCCAAGGAGGAAGGCCUCAGGAGAAUCCAAAUCUUCCAACAGUUAAUCUUGGAACUCCAGCCUUCAGAGCUAUGGGAAAAUAAAUUACUGUUGUUCAAGGUA